AUGGCAGAAACAAUAGAAGAGUCAAAAGAUGCUCUGUUGGGAAUGGACCCACCUUCGGAAGAUGAAGAUGUAGAAUUGGAUUACAAGUGUGGUGAAUUGCGUAUGCUGUCGGAAACGUUCACUGCCGUUGAUGGAGACACUGCUUCCGAGAGCACAGUGUCGGCAGAAAGUGCUGGGACAAGAGGGAAUUCCGGCGACAAUCAAAAUUUACAAGCAGUUUAUGGUCCUCCACUGAGUAGAGAUCAAGCCGCUGCUGCUGUUCCUGAAGGAGAGAAAGGUUUAGUUUGGUACUCCAUUGUGAUUCCCGAUGAUUUUAUUGUCAAUGGAAAACUUGUUUCAGGACUUAACAAAAGAGAUUUCGAUUUGAGUACGCAUGAAAUCAAACCUAGGCGUGCAUCGCUACCAGUUACGCGGACUCAAUUAUUUUCCGCUCUCUCUAGGAUUGAAGGCAGCAAAGGACCAAGAUAUAUCUUCAAUGGUGUGCUGAACGGGUGGCCCGGAUUGAGAAAUUUUGAGCUUGUCCGCUUGGAGUGCAAAAGGUCAUUAGGGCCCUUGACAACACCUGAUUACUUGAACAGCUAUCAAUCAACUUGGGGUCACCAUUGGAGUGUUGUACAAGAAGGUGCUGUUGGAGUUGCCCCACAAAUCAAGGACAAAAACAGGAUUUAUCGGGCAACGCUAAGAGCCGCUCCGUGGACGCGAGAAGGAUGGGCUCCUGGUAAUCUUGGACAUGUCUUUUGGUUUGAAGCGCAAAAAGAAAUCCCGACUUUGACCUACGGAUCUCCAAUGGUGGCAACUGUGGGUGAUGAGAAGUGCACAGCAGUGCAUAUGAUUUCGCACCGCUAUUAUGUCGCCAAGGAAUCCGCGAAGGACAAAUUGACAUAUCACUCGGUGGUCCUGCUGGAAUGGGAACAUGGCAAAUUCUGCACAUUGGUUGAAGGUGCGUAUUUGAAUGGCAUUGGAGGAUACAAGGGAAAAUCGAAUUGGUAUGAUGAUCGAGACGAGCCAGUGACCGCAUUAUACAAGGCUUUGCCUAAAGAAAUGAUACAACCUUGGCUCUCCAGUGCGUCCGAAAUCCGAUUGUAUGAUAUUGCUAGCAAAAAUUUAGAUGAAUUCAAACAGUACAUCGAAAAGUACGCUGGUUCACGAUUCACUGACCCUCGCUACACCUUCAGUCACCCGGCGCGGCUGUUCUACAGAUCGAGAUCACAUAUUGCACAAUAUCUUAUCAACUACAUUACCCGCGAUGGGAACUACAGCGAGAUCAAUCGAAAUUGUCAGACUCUGGCGGCUGAUCUCUGCUCGUUCCUUGCUGGAAAGAAAGGGGUUGUGCCUUUUCACCCUGUCAACCGAUUCGAAUACAACAACCGUGCCCAUCUGUUCCUGUACGAAAGCCAAAUGUACGAGAACAAACACAAAAAGACAGGAAUGAGUAGGAUCUUUGGAUAG